CAAAAUGGCGGCGGCCGUUGGCGCGGGGUUCGGCUUGUAGUUCCGUAGUUCCGUUGCUCUACUCCUCCCGUUGCAAAAUGUGAAAGGAGAAGCGGCUGGUGGAGGGCGUCCUACGCAAUGAGUCGGCGAAGAAAAUAUGGGGACAGCCCUGGCCUGAAGAACACGCCGCGCAAAGCGGCGGCGACUGAGGAAUGCAGCUCGGUGGUCGAAACGGGGAAGAGGCGGCUGAGGUCGGCCCGCGGUUCAGGGCCCUGUGGGGCUGGAGAGAGGCCUCCCCGGCCCCUGCCGCAGCAAGAGCAGCCUCCAGUAGCCGCUUCGUGCAGUAAAAGUAACCCCGAGGAAAUGUAUGAAACACCAAAGAGAAUGCUGCAAAUGGAUUUAUUGUCAUCUGCCUUCAGUUCUCCUAAUGAUCCAGAUGGACAGAAUGAUAUCUUUUGGGAUCAGAAUUCUCCAAUGACGAAACAGUUAGGUAAAGGAAGAAAAAAGCAGAUUUACACCACAGAUAGUGAUGAAAUCUCACAUAUUGUUAAUCGCAUUGCUCCUCAGGAUGAGAAACCAACAACAGACUCCAUGCUGGGCGUGUGGAUUGGUGCAACUGCUAUUCCUUGCACUCCUAGUGUAGCAAAAGGAAAAUCAAGAGCAAAACUCAGCUGCACAAAGUUAAAAUCACAAAAUCAGGAGGAGGAGCUUAUGAAAUUGGCUAAGCAAUUUGAUAAAAAUAUGGAAGAGCUAGAUGUGAUUCAAGAGCAAAACAAGGGAAAUCAUGAUCUUAUCCAGAUGAUUUCUGAAGCAGAGACUUUAAAUAAUUACAGAGAUAAUGUACAGAUGCAGUUACUACAUGAUAUAGUUCCUGAAAUAGAUAAUGCUAUGAUAAAGAAGCCAGUGAAAGAAAACAGGAUAUUUGUGGUAAAUGAUCAAAUUAGCAGUCAGAAGCCAUUUGACCAAAAUGCUGAAGCAGCCUUUAUCGCCAUUUUUGAUGGUUCUACUCAGAAAUGUAGUGGACAGUUAAGCCAAGAUCUGUCAGAUGCUUUCUUGAACACCAGUAGUACUACCUUUGGAAAGAAAAACGCUUUGAAAGAGGAGAACAUCUUUACUAAUGAAACUCUGAUCACUGAAAAACUACCAAAUAAAACCCAAGGAUCACUUUCUCAUCAAGUAGAUAAUCCUGGAAUGACAAAAUCAUAUGUGACUUCCUGUACUAAGGAACCAGGAGCUUUUAAUAAGCACAGUGAUACAUUUACUACCAGUGAUUUUGAGGAUGAUUGGGAAAACUUACUAAGUAAUGAACCUUUUGUUAUGCAAAAUAUUGAAAUGUCUGAACUUCUCCCUGCCCCUGAAACAGCCCAGAUUACUGAUCCAAAGGAAAUUUGUACCUUUAACAGUAAAAAUGGUAAAAGUAAGUCAGGAAUGAACACAAGUCUAGAUACCAGGUUAAGAGAUUCAAAAAUUUUACAAGAUCUUCCUUCAAAGACAUGGAACAGUGAAUUAACAGCUGCUGCAAAAUACAGAUUUUCACCAAAGCCGAAUGAUAAACCAAAUAAAUUAUCAUCCACUGGAAAUAAAAUGAAAUUGGAGAAAUCUUUUAAUACAAUUGUUGUUCAAGACAAAAUUCAAGACUGUGCAGUUGCAUCUAAUCUGGCAAAAGUAAAUGAAGAUACUCAUAUUAAAUUUACUUCUAAUGUAAAUGCUUCUGAAAAAAAGUCUACUUUGAACCCAGGAUGUUCUAAUGAACAAAAAAAUAAGUCCAUUUUUAAUCAGUCUUUGAAGGCACCUACUAAUGUCAAGCCUUUAGGCUCUGCAACUUUGGGCAAUAAAACCAGUGUUUGUAACCCAAAUCAGACUAAUUCAUCAAAGCUUCGUUCUUUCUUUGAUGAUUGGAAUGAUACAUCAUUUACCAAUGAAAUUGUUAAAGCCUGUCAUCACUUAGAGAAUACUUGGGAAGCAGAUGAUGUAGAUGAUGAUUUAUUAUACCAAGCAUGUGAUGAUAUUGAAAGACUAACUCAGGAACAAGACAUUAGAGUGGACAGCAAGACAUCAGAAAGUGUACUUGGGAUCAAUAAUAGUUCUAAACACGGAGCCAAAAAUGUGUUUACCACACCUAAACAAGGAAGUCAAUUGGUGCAAUCAAAGCAUUUGAAUCAGAACAGCAUUUCAGUGCAAACAUCUUCAUUGACAGAUAGCUUACAAAUAAAUAAAUCAAUGAAGAUGGAGAAAAGGGAAAUUUGUGGAAAUUCUCCAGGGUUUUUAGGUGCCACGACAAAUCUGACUAUAUAUUCUAAGAACUCAAAUUGUCAGAUCAAUAAUCUGCAUGUCUCUUGGAAUAACACUGAUGUUCCAAAACAAGUGAAUAGUUCCAAAUCGGUUCUUACAGGAAGUUCAAGUUUGAAUGUGAGUUCAGAUCAUAUGAGUACAGAAAUUGCUGCUAAUAAGAAAUUGAGUCCUCCACAUCUAUCUCAUAGCACCGUAACAGAUGAAGCUCAGAGUGACCUUAACAGAGCAGUGAGAUUUUCUAAGUACAUGUUUACAAAGAUAAAAAAUUCUCAAAUUCUUUCUCAGUUUAAUAACAAUUGUAUAACAGGAAGUAUCUCUAGUACCAAAAUCACACAGGGUUUGCAGAAAAAUAAAACUGUCAACCCAUUAUGUGGGAAGGCUGUUCAACAGCAGUCUUUGGUGAAAUUUUCUGAAUCUUUGAAACAAACUUCAAAAGAGGAAGAAGAGAAAAAUAGAAAGUAUUCUCCUGAAGAAAUUCAGAGAAAAAGACAAGAAGCGCUGGUUCGAAGAAUGGCCAAAGCACAGGCAUCAUCUGUAAAGAAAAACAGCUCCCACUUAACUUGAUUUCUUUAAUGAAAUGUUACUUGGGAGGUAACAAAGACAGUUGAUAACUAUCUAUGAUAGGAAAUAUUUUUUCUUGAUUUCUCUAUGAGAAAUUUAAUGCUGAGUUAUAAAGCAUGGACUUCUACUUUAUUUAAUAAAUCAGUGUUUACAGUGGUC